AUGGGGGGAGAAACAUUUGAAGUUCCGAAGCUUAAGAGCUCAUAUCCUAAGCUGUCCGACCACCCUGUUGGACAAUGGAUCCCAAAGAUCUAUAAGGACCGGAUUGCCUCGUUUUACGGCGGAGGACAAUAUGAAUCGAAGAACUUACGAGCUAUGCUGACCGAAGGAGUCGUCUCAGGGCAUCCCCAUAUACAGCUGUCGGUCUGGGAUGCGCCCGACCUCUCCCGUCCAACAUUCAAAGAAGCUACAAGACACGAGUUCAAACCUACUUCCGUGGGCGACUGGUUCGGGCCAUCAUGGUCGACCCAUUGGUUCAAAGCCCAAAUCACCGUCCCGUCCGACCUGUGCAAGAAGGACCACCUCGAGCUCCAUUGGGAUGCAAAUAACGAGGGGAUGGUGUGGAGCGAGGACGGCAACCCACUCCAGGGAUUAACUGGCGGAGGAGAGCGAGUAGAGUGGAUAUUGCCUGAGAAGUUCAGAGAUGGCAAAGAACAUAUUAUAUAUGUCGAGAUGGCAUGCAACGGCAUGUUUGGAAAUGCCCCAGGCGGAGAUUCGAUCCAACCACCAGACCCAAAUAAAUAUUUCCAAUUGGGCAAAGCUGAGAUCGUCGCUGUCAAUGUCGAAGCUCGCCAUCUCUAUAUUGAUAUUUGGGAAAUUGGUGAUGCCGCGAGGGAGUUUCCCACCGAUUCAUGGGAGCAGCAUAAGGCCUUGAAGGUCGCCAAUCAGAUUAUAGAUGCUUUUGAUUUGGGCAACCAAGAUUCAAUUAUCCAGGGCCGUAAAAUAGCCCAAGAGUAUUUGGGCAAGCAUGCGAGCUCCGCCAAAGUUUACAAAAGCGGAAAUGAGCCUCUUGUUUAUGCUAUUGGAAAUUGCCACAUUGAUACCUGCUGGCUCUGGCCUUGGGCGGAGACAAAGAGGAAAGUCGCCAGAUCAUGGUCGAGUCAAUGCAAUUUGUUAGAGCAGUAUCCCGAGCAUCGGUUUACCGCCUCUCAGGCGCAACAGUACAAAUGGCUCAAACAAGAUUAUCCAUACGUCUUCGAUCGGGUUAAAGAGAAGAUUAAAAAAGGCACAUUUCAGCCAAUUGGAGGUAGCUGGGUAGAGCAUGAUACCAAUUUGCCAAGUGGCGAAUCACUCGUCCGGCAAUUUUUAUACGGCCAAAGAUUCUUUGAAAGCAAUUUCGGGGAACGAUGCCGGACUUUCUGGCUUCCUGACACUUUUGGUUAUUCGGCACAAUUGCCGCAACUGUGCCAGCUGGCAGGCAUGUCGCGAUUCUUCACUCAGAAAUUGAGUUGGAAUAACAUCAACAAAUUUCCCCACACAACCUUCAAUUGGGUAUCUCUUGAUGGAAGCCAAGUCGUUUGCCAUAUGGCACCGUCCGAGACAUAUACUGCGGAGGCGAAUUUUGGCGAUGUGAGGAGGUCAGUUACUCAGCACAAAUCGAUGGACCAGGAUCCAAUUUCGUUACUUGCCUUUGGCAAAGGUGAUGGAGGUGGUGGUCCAACUUGGGAACACUUAGAGAAGCUUAGACGUUGCCGUGGAAUGGCCGACACAGUUGGCUUGUUGCCUAGGGUACAUAUGGGCGAUUCCGUCGAAGACUUCUUCGAUAAGCUCCAACAAAAGGCUUCGACCGGUACCGACUUUGUUACUUGGUAUGGCGAACUCUACUUUGAGUUGCACCGAGGCACGUAUACAACCCAAGCAAACAGUAAGCGCAAUAAUAGGAAAUCGGAGAUCAUGCUCCGUGACAUUGAGCUGUUAGCUACCCUUGCAAGCAUCAAAUCGGGAUAUAAGUAUCCAAAGAAGGAUAUCGAUGACAUGUGGGAGGCAGUGCUUCUGUGCCAAUUCCAUGACUGCCUUCCUGGGAGCUCUAUUGAGAUGUGUUAUGAUGAUAACGAUGAGCUCUAUGCCGAGGUGUUUAAGACAGGCGAGAGAAUCUUAAAAGAGUUACAAAACGUUUUAGGUGUUCACGAUGUCAGUGGCCCCGGAGUCAAGGGGACCCUUGUUGCAUUAAACACUCUGCCUUGGCACCGCAGGGAAAUCGUCCCAAUUGGAGACCAUCAAGCUGGAGUUGCUUGCGGUGAAGGGAAUCUGCUGAGCGUCAAAACCUUUAAAGUUGCUGAGACCCCCGAGGUCACAGUUGAAGAGGUUAGAAGUGGAGUUUUUGUCCUUCAAAAUGACCAAUUGCGAGUACAAGUCGAGAACGGAAUUAUUUCUUCCCUCUACGAUCGAAAGGCCGAAAGAGAGGUCAUUGCCAAAGGAGGCAAAGCUAACCAGCUUGUUGUCUUUGAUGAUAAGCCUCUGUAUUGGCAAGCUUGGGAUGUCGAAGUAUAUCAUCUUGACUCUAGAAAAGAACUUUCUUCCAGCGCCACAAAAAUCGCUAAGAGUGACGCUCACCAAGUGAGCGUUAUGACCGAGACGAAGAUCAGCGACAAGAGCUGGGUGAAGACAUAUAUUAGCUUAUCAGCUGCUUUCAAGGGUCAGCAAUCGUAUGUUGAGAUGCACAGCGAGGUUGAGUGGCAAGAAAGCAUGAAGUUCCUUAAGGUCGAGUUCCCUGUUGAUAUCAGAAAUACGGAGGCUUCAUACGAGACUCAGUUCGGUAUCAUUCGAAGACCAACACAUUACAACACCUCUUGGGAUAUGGCUAAAUUCGAAGUCUGCUGCCACAAAUUUGCGGAUCUUUCUGAACAUGGUUACGGCGUAUCGAUUCUGAAUGACAGCAAGUACGGGUUUGCUACUUGCGGUAACCUCAUGCGCCUCUCACUACUGCGAGCCCCCAAGGCACCAGAUGCGCAUGCUGAUAUGGGCCGCCACCACAUGCGCUGGGCAAUCCUCCCUCAUCAGGGAGACCUUGGCUCUACAACGGUGCGGACCGCAUUUAACUUCAACAACCCAUUAAAGCUCGUCCAAUCACCAGAAACGCUCGAUGCAAGCGCCUUCAGUAACCCCAUCAAGCUAAUAGGCGACUCGUCCCUUAUUCUUGACACAGUCAAGAGAGGCGAGGACGACGAGGAUGUGUCACGGGGAGAACUUCCGAAGAGGAAGGGCAAGAGUGUUAUCUUACGCAUUUAUGAUAGUUUGGGUGGUAAGAGCCGAGGCACUAUUCAGACGACAUUGGAUGUGAAGAGAGUUUGGAAGACAAAUGUCUUGGAGGAUGAUGAGGAAGAAAUCAAAUUUGCGGAGGGGAAGAUUGAUAUUACCUUGCGACCAUUUGAGGUUGCUACUUUCAGGCUACAAUUGUGA